AUGGCAUAUCAAUAUCAAAACUUUACAGUGGAAUCUGCUAUAAUGCAGUGCCACUAUGAGCCUCAAUGCAAGCCUUACAUUGUCAACGAGCUUCACCAAGUCAUAAUGAAAUACCCUAGCUUAAGUGCAAGGCCUACUCCUCUUAUGAUCAGCAAUCAAAGCUUUACCUUCAUUUGUCUAGAUGGGACUUUGCCUAUCCCGUUCAAGCAAAAUUAUUAUAACAUUCCAGUCCGCAUUAUUUAUCCUAAUCAAUACCCUCAUUAUGCUCCGUUAGUCAGAGUUAUUCCGUCAGCUGAAAUGAUUAUUAAGCCCUCAGAAUACAUAGAUGAGGAUGGAAAUGUAAAGCUGGACCUAUUUAGGAGCUGAAGCUAUCAGAGAAAUACCUUUAACAUAAUUGACGAGGUUGUUAGAGCCUUUUCUAUCAAAAUGCCAGUUUUCAAAAAAUCAAACAACCCAAGCAAUGUUUCUCCAGCGCAGCCAAAUAUAAUCCCUCCUCAGCAGGCAAGCAGAAUGGCACAGGAGCCUCAAAGCCAGAAUCAGCAAGCUGGAGCUUUGUCUCAGACAACUAUUCAAAAACUGAAUGAUACUUAUAGAAAAGUUAUCAAAGAAUUGACGACCGAGAUCGACGAAUUAAAAAUCGAGAAUGUGAAUUUAGAAAAAAUGAAAAACGAAAUAGUCGCUGCAGGAAGCCAAACAAGCCAAGAAUUUUCUAGCCAUUUCAAAGAAGGACAAAUCAGAGGAGAAAUCAACAGAAUCAAUGACUGGAUUAUUGAAGCUAAUAAUUUUAGCACUGAAAAUUGGAAACCAGAGGAUUACUUGGAGUUUAAUAAUGAAUACGCAAAUCAAUACUUGCAGGCUAAAAGUGCAGAGCUUGCGUACGGGGAAUUGAUAAAUAAUAUUGUUUCUGGGUUUAAUUCGGGAGUCAUUCAAGCUCAGGAUAUGGUGAAGUCUAUUAAAGAUUUGUCGACGAAACAGUUUAUGGCAGCAAGAUUAAAGGAGAAAAUUAUGAAGGCUGGAGGAAUUGCAGGAUAA